AAUUCCCUCUGACUAUUCUCGACGACCACACUCCACUCCGGUAGGUGGCGGUAAAUGCACCUUAAGUUGGUUUGCCAACCGCCAGCUAAACUCUAGAAGAAAAAGGAAGAAGAAGAAGAAGAAGAAGAAGAAGAAGAAGAAGAAGGAGGAAGAAGAAGAAAACAACUCCAGAACACCCGUGGUGGACGUGCCAAACUUUUCUGUGGAAAACAUGGACAGUGGUCAACAGCUUAAAGGUCACAUAUCUAUCCAGAAAGGACUUAACAUUCCUCCUCCGCAAAAAUGCAACAAUUGCUGCUAUCCUAGCAGAUUUCAUUGUCCAUUUUGUUUACCGACUUUCUUCAAACCCUCAAAACGCUCCAGAGCCAGGAUUCAUUUGAGCAAUCAUCUAAAGAGAGCCAUUUAUUUUGGAGAGUACACAAUCCACAGAUGCGGACUGGGGUGCAGAAAACAGCAGCAUUACCACUGUUUGUACUGCACAGCCACAUUGUUAAGGAAACGAGAUUUCACCAAUCAUCUACCAUACUGCCACCAGGCCGAACAGCGGCGAGCUCAGAAAGGAUCCCUGAUUCAAAAAGUUGUGACACAGAGAAGAGUCCAAACCAAAGAAUUGAUCGCUUCAUCGCUGACCCCUGGGGAGAGUGACAUCCCUUCAUAUGAGAUAGACAGUGACGAUGACAGUGAUGACGUAACCGUCGUCACAGAUUCAGAUGACCAAAACAGCCAAGGAGCGAGCAGCAGCAGCCAGUCAGCGACUCCCUUCAUCCCCAAGUGUGACACUGCGGGGAAGAUGAAGGGGAGUGCGGAACCAGACUCUUCUAAAUGUCACCAAACUGUACAGACAAACUUUGACAAACCACAAGACUGCGAUGAAUACUACUUCAUGAGCCUCGUGAAGAUGUUUAAAAAGUUGUCCCCUCAGAAAAAGGCCGACGUCAGGAUGAAAAUUGAGAGGCUCCUCUUUGAAGCGGAGUUUGAGUAGGAAAAAGGUUUACGCGCACAAAAUAUUUUUUUGUUUACGAUUUAUUACACAUUUUAUUGAAUUAACUGAAAGAAGCUUUUGCAGAUAAACCCUGAAAUAUUUUUCCAUAGAGUCCUCAUCCUAGUCCACCUCAUAUUCAGUAGAGGUGAAAACUGGAUUGUUUACUAGUUCUGGUGAAGCAUUGAUAAUACUCACUCAGCUGAAAUGCACCAUUGAAUUGUGGCCCAAGCACCAAUUUGCGUGUUAAUUUUAAAAAAUUUCAUUAAUAAAAACAAAUUCCUUACUAUUGA